CAAAGAUAUUGAUUUCAAAGAUUUUUACGCACACUCACUAAUCUUAAGUGCAUGUUCCUCUUAUUUCAAAACUGCCCUUUCUAAUAUUAAAAAAGAUGAAAAAGAUGAAAGUCCUUUUAUUUUUCCAAUUCAAGAUAUUUCUACAAUUGUCUUUGAAGUAAUUUUAAGAUAUUUAUAUACUACUGAAUUUGAUGUUGAAAGAUUGAAUGGAGCCAACAUAUUAAUGCUUACUGUAGCAGCAAACAAGAUGGAUCUUGAAGUUAUUCUCGAUUAUCUAUUAUUACCUAGUAAUUUUGUUGAAACAACUUUGAGAAAGCUGAAUGGCGGAGAAGUUUUAAAAUUGAUGAUGAUUAAUGAAUUAAAGAUUCAAAAUGCUAUUAAUGAUAUCUUAUCAAAAAAUGACAUUGUAGAGGCCAUCUUAGCAAAAUUAAAUGGUGCACAAGUGUUAGAAAUUAUAGAAAAGACUGAGGAGUUAAUAAUUCAAAAAGCAAUUGCUAAUAUAUUAUCAAAUAAGACAUUUAUCAACAAUAUCCUACACAAAUUUAAUGCGAAUAAUAUUUUAAAUCUCAUGAGAAUGCCAAACAAUACGAAAUUUAGAAAAACAAUUGAUGAUUUGUUAAUGAGUGAUGAUUUUAUUAAAAUUAUCCUCGACAAAUUGAAUAUUGAACAAUUUUUACAAUUUAUGAAUACAGCUAAUAAGCUACAAAAUGAAAUAAUAGUGAAUAAUCUAUUUUCAAAUACAAACUUUAACCUUAUAGUGAUUAAAUUUCAUGGUGCUGAAAUAUUGCAUAUAGUUAUAGAAGCUAAUAACUUGCAACUUCAAAAUUUAUUUUCCGACAUGUCAACUUUUAUAGAACAAAAUUUAGAAAAUCUUCUUCAAAAUGACGCAGUUGGUGUAUUAGAAAUGGUUUUUAAAUAUGAUAUAUGUAAAUCAUUCCGUGAAUACAGUAUUUAUCUUAUAUGUCUCAAUCCCAAUGCAUUAUUUGAUAACCCUGACUUGAUUCAAUUGAAUCGUUCCAUUUUAAGUCAUAUAUUGGAACGUGAUGAUAUGGGAAAAUUAAAUGAGAAAAAUAUUUGUGACUAUUUAAUUAGAUGGGGCACUGCACAAAACGAAGAAACCUCUCGAAAAAGCAAAAUGACCUGGACAAUUCAAGAAUUUGAGAUUUUUGAGGAGGUCAUUCAUGAUUUUAUUCGCCUAAUUCGUUGGUUUACGAUACCUGCAAAAGACUUUAAUAAAAUUCGGUCCUUUUUAGAAAAUGUCUUACCAGAUAAUUUAUAUCAAAGUAUUGUAGAUUAUCAUCUUGAUCCUAAUUUAUCAUCAGAGGAAAUGAAAGCUUAUUCACAAAAAAGAUUUUUACCAUGUACGUUCCUUCUUAAACCACGACACUUUAAAAUUUUUGAAAGUUGGAUUGAAGAAGUUAAUCAAAAAAACAAAUCCUUUAUUCACAAAUUAUUUAAUUCAAAUGAUAUAAAUGAGAAGAAAAAACAUUUUAAAGAAAUAACUUUAAACACAAGACCAACUCACUUUUCAAACAAUAACCUUUAUGAUUUUAUUCUUCUUUAUCGUGGAAAUGAAAAAGAUUUUAAUGCAAAGGAGUUUCAUGAUUCAUGUGACAAUAAAGGUUCAACAUUAACAAUUAUAAAAACAUCUGAUCAACGCAUUUUUGGUGGUUAUAAUGAUUCAAAUACAGAAAAUCAUUUUAUUGAGAGAAUAGUAUCAAGAAAAAAUUUUUUAUUUUCUUUUGAUAGUCAAAAUGAUUUUAGUACUUCCAAAUUGGCACGCGUUAAAAAGAAUAGUUGGGUUUCAGAAUAUCAUUCAGAAUACGGUCCAUGCUUUGGUUGUAAUAAGAAUAAUUUUGACAUGUAUAUUAAUUCAAAACACUUACAUAUUUCUAAUUCUAAUAUUUAUCCCAAUUUAAAAAACUUUAUAUCACUAAAUUCAACUCUUCUUAUAGAAGAUUAUGAAGUUUGGCAUGUAUCUAAAAAGAGAAUUCACAAUUGUGCGGCGGGUGAAUGA